GCAGAAGACAGCAAACCCACUCAGGAGAUUAGCGUCCACAUGUCCGCAAAAAGUCAGCAGGAACACUGUCCGACUUUGUAAACCUCUAGUUUUCUCUGGCGUGCAGUGGUGGGAGGAUCAUUAAAGGCUCUCAUUCACUGCUGCAGCCUGUACUGCAUGCACACUUGAGCUGGUGGCUUGUCACGGUGGAUGGUCAGUAGCUGUCCGGGCAGCCGGACUGCACGCAAAAUGCCAGGAGACGGGUUCACGAUUAAAAGUCGCAUCAGGAAUUUGCUGCGUUCUCCAGCAACCAAGCACAAGAAGAACAGGAAAGAGAGCCUCUCCAGCAAGGUGACUUUGGAGAAGGUGCUGGGAAUCACCGCUACAGGAAACAGUGGUCUUGCCUGUGACCCCCGAUCUGGACUAGUGGCUUAUCCUGCAGGGUGUGUGGUGGUCCUACUGAACCCCAAAAAGAACAGACAGCACCACAUUAUCACUUCAAGAAAGACCAUCACAGCUCUGUCCUUCUCCCCUGAUGGCAAGUACUUGGUCACAGGAGAGAGUGGUCACCUUCCAGCGGUGAGACUUUGGGACGUGGCAGAACGAAGGCAGGUGGCAGAGCUCCAGUCGCACAAAUAUGGCGUCUCCUGUGUGGCUUUCUCCCCCAACAGCAAAUACAUUGUCAGUGUGGGAAACCAGCAUGACAUGAUGGUCAACGUCUGGGCGUGGAAGAAAGAUGUAGUAGUGGCGGCCAACAAGGUGUCCAGUAAGGUGACAGGUGUGUCUUUCUCUGAGGACAGCUCCUACUUUGUGACUGUGGGGAACAGACAUGUCAAAUUCUGGUAUCUGGACCACUGCAAGGCCAGCAAGGCCAGUGCUCCUGUCCCUCUGCUGGGCCGCUCAGGGCUCUUGGGAGAGCUUAGAAACAACUUCUUCUGUGAUGUGGCCUGUGGACGGGGCUCUACAUCUGACUCCAUCUUCUGCAUUACCUCCUCUGGCCUGCUGUGUGAGUUUAACAGCAAGAGGAUGCUGGACAAAUGGGUGGACCUACGGACGGGCAUGGCCCAGUCUCUGUCUCUGUCUGAGGAUAUGAUCUUCUGCGGCUGUGCUGAUGGAACAGUGCGAGCCUUCAGCCCUGUUGACCUGCACUUUGUCUGCACGCUGCCGCGGCCGCACCCCCUCGGCUCUGACGUCUCAGCCAUCACGGAUGCCAGCCACCUGUUUUCCACCAAGACUGACGCCCGUUACCCAGACACCGUUGCUGUUAUCUUUGAUCCCGUCAGCCACUGGCUCAGCUGUGUAUAUAGCGACCACAGUGUGUAUGUGUGGGAUGUGAGAGAUGUCAACAGGGUGGGGAAGGUGCACUCUGCCCUCUUCCAUGCUGCCUGUGUCGGGGACCUGGAGAUGUUCCCAGAUGUUCCUGGGGAAUUAGGUGCUGGUUUGUCAUCAGGCGCAUUCCUUAGUUGCUCAGCUGACAACACCAUUCGACUGUGGCACAUGAACGAUUGGACACAAACUCAUGCUCAGAACAUCCUCAGCAGUGAUCUCCUAAAUAUAAUCUACAUAGAUGGAAACACUGGUGCCUUGCUGGAUCCAGAAUGUACGACAAAUGCAAAUGUAGACAAACCAGGGGAUGGACAGACAGCAGAAAGUAGGACGGGCAUCAGGACCAUCUGUGUCAGUCCAGACGGCAAACACCUGGCAUCUGGAGAUCGCAACGGCAUGCUGAGGGUUCAUGACCUCACCAGCAUGGGGGAGAUUCUGAAAGUGGACGCCCAUGACGCUGAGAUCCUUUGUCUUGAAUACAGUAAACCAGAAACAGGUCUGAAGCUGCUGGCCACAGCUAGCAGGGACCGUCUGAUCCAUGUCUUGGAUGCUGAGGAUGACUACAGUCUGGUGCAGACACUCGAUGAGCACUCUUCAUCCAUAACAGCCGUCCGCUUUGCUGCCAAUGACAACAAGGUGAGGUUGAUCAGCUGUGGGGCAGACAAGAGCAUCUAUUUCCGCACUGCACACAAGACAGACAGAGGAAAAGAGUUCAGGCGUUCUCACCACAUGGUGAGUAAGACCACACUGUACGACAUGGGUGUGGACCCCACCUGCAAGUAUGCUGCUGUUGGCUGUCAGGACCGCUGCAUCAGGAUUUUCAACAUCAGCAGUGGCAAACAGAAGAAACUCUACAAGGGAUCACUGAGUGAGGAUGGCAGUCUGCUCAGGGUUCAGCUUGAUCCGUCAGGUCAAUAUGUGGCCACCAGCUCCUCCGAUAAAAACAUCAGCAUCUUUGACUUCUACACUGGGGAGUGUGUCGCCACCAUGUUUGGGCACUCUGAGAUUGUCACUGGGAUUAAGUUUACCAACAACUGCAAGCAUUUGAUUUCUGUGUCAGGAGACAGCUGUAUCUUUGUGUGGCGACUGGCUCCAGAACUGACAAUCAGCAUGAGAGAGAGGCUCAGCCAGCUCCGGCAAAACCCAAACGCACCACCUUGCAUGACCUCCAGCCUCAGGCGAGAGGUGUACAGUGCCCCCACUCUGGGUGGUCUGUCCUCUGACAGUGACCGUGAGCAUGAGGAGGAGGACGGAGCAGAGAAUGAUGACCCAGAAGAUGUUGCAACCAACACUUCCUCUGAUAGCAGCCAUGGAGAGGAGGACACAGGUGGCUCAGAUGAAGGACAGGACUGGGAGUGCACAAAGCAUGGAGUUGUUGGCCAGGUGGCUCCUGACUCCUCUAAGCGUCCUCGGAGACGCUGGUCUCAUCGUAUGGGCUCUCUGGAAGUGAUGGUUAAAUCCAUGCUAGACCUGAGGCAACUGGAGACCUUUGCUCACAAGAAAAACAGCCCCAGUCAUGACAGAGAGAGGCAGAGCACAUCCAGCCUCCAGGAGCCCAUGUUGGAGGAGAGAGCCAAGAGGCAUCGGGCCUGGCCACAUGCUGACUGGCUGUCCUCACAAACAUCCAAGGGCAUCAGGGGGUCUGAUGGAACUGUGCUGUACUCUGAGGAGAACGAGGACGAUACAAGUCUACGGGGCAGUGAUUACAUAGUGAAGGAGCAGCAUUGCAGGAUGCAAGGGCGAGGGAUCCGCAGUGAGAGCCAGGAAAGCCGCAGCCCGGACAGUGCUUGCUCUCUGGGCUACAACAGCCGGGAGUCCAGCCCAGAUCGUGUCCUGGAUGAUUCUGCAGAUGGGGAGUCCCUGAGCCAGGACAGCUCUGAUGAGGAGAAUGACGAGAGGGAGGAAGAAGUGCAAAAGGCAGAAGUGACGAGUAUGGACGAGGCUCUGAGGACAGUGACUGGCACUGCUGACUGCAGUCAAGAAGAUUUCCUCAAGCAGAACUUUGAGGCACUGGCAGAAAGCUGCAACAUGGCUGAGCAGAGCAGAGUCCCUAGGCUCAGUAUGUCUUCACGCUUCCUGGCCAGAGGACAUAAUAACAGGGGCAUGCCUGUGUUUGCCAAAGUGCAUGGAAAGGAAGAAGGCGGCCACUCUGCUAAGCCGCCUGUAUCAAAAGUACGGCCCUUGAUGGAAGACAACCAGAGCAGAGACACGGAAGACAAGACCCCUGUGUCCCCUGGCAGGAGCGAGGGGCCAAACAGGGUAGAUGCUCCAGAGAGAGACUGUGCUCCUCCCCGUAGACCCCUGAAGAAGAAGACUUCAGGGUCUCACCUGUGGAGGCUGUCCAAUUCUCCAUCCAGAGCUCCGCUGCUGGACAGAGCAACAUGUUUACAGAAAUCACACUCUGCCCAAAGCCUGUCCUCAGACUCUCUGCACUCCCCUGUGCCCUCUAGUGACGGAAGAGAGUUGCACAAAAGACCUCAGCCGCUUAUCCUGGAUCAUGACACUCCCAGGCCUUCCUUCCACUUUUCUUCACCCUCUUCUGGGUCCCCACAGUCUCCCCAGUCGCCCCUGCCCUGGGAGAGCCCUAAACUCAGGCCCCAGCACUCCUACAUGAAUCCCACUACCAGCUCCAUGGCCAAAAGCAGCCGCUCCUCCUCACUGGUAGAGGGUAUCCAGAUGGGCUCUCCACCUUGCUCCCCCGCCUUCCACAAGGCCACAAGUUCCUCCCCAACGUCUACAGUUUCACCCUCUCCUUAUGCCCAGAACAUCCCGCCCUCUCGCAUCCCACUCCCCAAACAGCCCCUCAGCCCUCGCCGCAGCCUCUGCCUGGAGGUAAAGCCGAGCUUAAGUUGUCCUGGAGGGCCGCCGAGGGCUUCUUCUCCUGCCACAGACCCUGGAUGUGACGUCACACCUACUCCAGGCAACAGUCAAGCACUGGGCAGGCCUCUGUCUCUAAGUUUGGAUUCCUCUUUGCCAAGUUCACUGCCAGUGAGGCGGAAGAGAGCCUCGGUUUCAGAGAGUGCCAUGGAGCCAGGACUGGUGACUGUAGCCAAAGAGUGCCCUCUGGUGCCACAACAGGCCCACAUAUCGAGUGCUGACCCCCCGCCAGAUCACUCUAUCACCUUGGAAACUUGCAGGCAGGCUGUUACCGAGCUCCACAGCAGUCUGAGAAAAACCGUCAUGCUCUACACUACGGUGCUACAGUCCGGCCAACAGCCCAGUGAAGAUCAACAAGAAAUGAGGAGCAUCCUAUCUGAGGCCCUGUUCACAGUCAAAACUGAGCUGGACUCUCUGCCUCACCCUACCUCGCAGUGCGAAGGGCCCCAAGUGGACCAAGAGGUCAAAGGUGAGGGAGAGAAGGCCCUGGCUCUGCUGGAGCAGUACGCUGAGCUGCUGCUGAAGUCUGUGGAGAGGAGACUAGAUACCAAGACUUGAGGAGAUGGACUGAUAUUUGUUAUGUGUAUGCACUGCAUGCACGUAUGCUAAUAGGAGCCAGACACAUGCACACAAACAGUAACACUGUGAAUUGCAGACUUGUUCUUUGCACAGCGAUCUUUUGGAGCUUUAUUUAUGGAGUGAAUGCUGGUGUGAUGUCAUUAUAUUUGGAGAAAAAAAUCAAUGUUGAGUAUCAUGCACUGAAAACAGAACAAAUGAAAGAGUGCCUUAUUUUGGAAAUUCCAAUAGCUUUCUUUAUUCCUUUCCAACAUUAAAAAAUUAAAGGAUACAGUAAACACUUUCUUAGUACUUUUUUAUAAAAACAUGAAAUAUGUCCUAAGGUCGACAGCACGUAACUUAGGCUUAUUAAAAUCUAAAAGGUUUAUGCUCUUGAGUGAUAUUAUUGUGCCCAGCAAUUUUCAUGAAAAUAUAUUAGUUAUGUAUUGGGAGAUACUGUAUCUUGUGUGGGGAACAUGUAAAUUUCAUGACAAUUGUGCUAGAAACUUAUGAUGAAUCAUCCACUGGGGGAACCAUAAAUAUAAAAAACCAAUUUUCAAUCCGGCCAGUUACAGGGAGAUUUUGCUCCAGACCAAACAGUUGCACAGAUGGACACAACUGACAUGGUGGGGGAUAGAAAUGAUUGUAUUGGGGUUUGAGUGUUAGAUGACAGACCGGGGAAAAUUUUUUGUUUAGGCUGUGUAAUUCAUAUUUUUGUGCCAAUGGUGUAUCCCUAAUUGCAAUGUACUGUAGUGGUAACUUUAGAUCAGUUGUCAUUGCUUUAUGUCAGUCAUAAACAGUCUGUUAGUCUUUUCAUAGUGCUGAUUUUAAGGUUUACUGGAAAUUUAUAAUUUUUGUAUUUAUAUACAUAACUGUUGCACUGUUCUUCUUUAAGCUCUCUUUAAAAAAUAAAU